AAUAGCAAAACCGAACCUGGAGAUAGCGUUUGCUGUCUCGUUUUUUGACUGGGCAACCUCAUAGACCCCCCCUAUUUGUUGCUGUCUCUCGCGCUCGAUUCGCCUUCUAUCUCUCUUUCUCUCUCCCCAACGACUCCACCAUCGGAUCCAAUUCCCGCAGGUGGCGUGUAAAUAGUCCGAAUGAGGGUAUACUAGGUCAAAGAAAGCAAUACUAUAAUGGAAGAAGAAGAAGCACAAGAGGCGAGGAAAGUCUCUGGAGGAGGUGGUCUUGUAGACGUAAGGGUAGGAACAUCUGAUCAAGAAAAUAUUAAUAUUAGCAUUAGUGAUCAAGCUGAGAGCCAAAAUAUAGAAGUCUUGGAAGGGGUUAGUUCCUUGCCUUCGGUUGUGGAUGAAGAUCAGUUUGAACAAGUAUGUUUAGGAGACCAAGAGAAGAACACCCGGGAAGAAAAUCAGGGUUUUGUGGAUUGUAACCGAUCUUCAAAUUCGGGAAGUAUGAGAAAUUCAAAUAGUGAGAUUGAGGAUGAUUUUGCAUCUGCCCAUGGGAAACUUGAGGCGGAGGUUGAUUCCCCAGUUGAUAAGCAACAUGAACGACAUUAUUCGAGUCCAGGUCCUGAGAGAUACGAGUCAUUUCAUGCUAUGCGACAAACAUUCUCUUCAACUAGUCUUGAUUUUGCCCCCGGUUAUUUUGGGGAUGUUGGGUACUCUCCUGUUGGUUCGCCUCGAAAGCCUAGGCCCAAACCUGUAAUGCCGAAUGUGUCCCCAGAGCUAUUGCAUCUAGUGGAUUCUGCUAUCAUGGGGAAGCCUGAAAGCUUAGACAAAUUGAAGAAUAUUGUCAGUGGUGCAGAGGUUUUUGGAAAUGGCGAAGAAACAGAGAGCAUUGCUUUAUUAGUAGUUGAUUCGCUACUUGCCACAAUGGGUGGUGUUGAAUCAUUUGAAGAUGACGGGCUUCACAAUCCUCCCAGUGUAAUGCUGAACUCCAGAGCUGCUAUCGUGGCUGGUGAGCUUAUUCCAUGGCUUCCAUGGGAAAGUGACAGUGAGAGUAUCAUGUCACCUAGGACAAGGAUGGUUAGAGGAUUGCUCGCUAUACUGCAGGCUUGCACUAGGAACAGAGCAAUGUGUUCUAUGGCUGGUCUGUUAGGAGUUCUUUUGGGGUCAGCUGAGAGAAUUUUUACUAAGGAAGUUGAUUCAUCUGAGCCGAUGAAAUGGGAUGGAACUCCUUUGUGCUAUUGCAUCCAAUAUUUGGCUGGACAUUCGCUUAGUGUAAUUGAUUUGCGCAAGUGGUUUCAAGUAAUCAGGAGCACACUUACCACUGUAUGGGCAACCCCAUUAAUGCUUGCAAUGGAGAAGGCAAUGGUUGGGAAAGAGUCGAGGGGUCCAUCAUGUACAUUUGAGUUUGAUGGAGAAAGCUCUGGAUUGCUGGGUCCUGGAGAGAGCCGUUGGCCAUUCACUAGCGGAUAUGCAUUCGCGACAUGGAUAUAUGUCGAAUCAUUUGCAGACACACUAAAUGCAGCAACAGCAGCUGCUGCAAUAGCGGUUGCUGCUGCAGCCAAGUCAGGGAAAUCAUCGGCCAUGUCUGCUGCAGCUGCUGCCAGUGCACUUGCUGGUGAGGGAACAGCGCACAUGCCUCGGUUGUUCAGUUUCUUAUCUGCUGAUAACCAGGGGGUGGAGGCAUACUUCCAUGCUCAGUUUUUGGUGGUUGAAAGUGGUAGUGGAAGGGGAAAGAAGGCUUCCUUGCAUUUUACUCAUGCAUUCAAGCCACAAUGCUGGUAUUUUAUUGGUCUGGAGCAUACUUGCAAGCAUGGGUUACUUGGGAAAGCAGAGAGUGAGCUGAGAUUGUAUAUUGAUGGAGCCUUGUAUGAAACUCGGCCUUUUGAGUUUCCUCGGAUCUCAAGGCCACUUGCAUUUUGCUGCAUCGGGACAAACCCUCCUCCUACGAUGGCUGGUUUACAGAGACGUCGUCGUCAAUGCCCUUUGUUUGCUGAAAUGGGGCCUGUUUAUAUCUUUAAGGAACCGAUUGGACCAGAGAAGAUGGCACGUUUGGCAUCUAGGGGAGGGGAUAUUUUACCUUCUUUCGGUAAUGGCGCAGGUUUACCUUGGCUAGCAACAAAUGAUCAUUUGCAAAGCAUGGCAGAAGAAAGUUCACUUCUGGAUGCAGAGAUUGCAGGAUGCAUUCACCUACUCUAUCAUCCCAAUUUGCUUAGUGGGCGUUUCUGUCCUGAUGCUUCCCCUUCUGGCUCUGCAGGUAUACUCAGAAGACCUGCGGAGGUUCUUGGGCAAGUACAUGUUGCUACAAGAAUGCGCCCGACGGAGGCUCUGUGGGCCUUGUCAUAUGGAGGGCCCAUGUCUUUACUGCCACUGGCAGUAUGCAACGUGCAUAAAGAUACCUUGGAACCUCAACAAGGGAGUCCUCCUUUGUCUGCUGCAACAGCUGCUCUUGCUGCUCCAAUAUUUAGAAUUAUAUCUGUGGCUAUUCAACACCCUAGAAACAAUGAAGAAUUGUGUUGUACAAGAGGGCCUGAGAUUUUGGCACGAAUCUUAGACUAUCUUUUACAAACAUUGUCCUCACUUGAAAUUGGAAAGCGUGAGGGAGUAGGAGAUGAGGAACUCGUUGCAGCAAUUGUGUCUCUUUGUCAGUCUCAGAAAAGUAACCAUGCUCUGAAAGUGAAUUUUUUUAGCAUGCUUCUAUUGGAUCUGAAAAUUUGGAGCUUAUGCAACUAUGGACUGCAAAAGAAGCUUCUAUCCUCACUUGCAGAUAUGGUUUUUACAGAGUCAUUAGUAAUGCGGGAUGCUAAUGCCAUCCAGAUGCUUCUUGAUGGCUGCAGGAGAUGCUACUGGACCAUUCGUGAAAAGGACUCUGUGAGUACAUUUUCUCUAGAUGAGGCAACACGUCCUGUUGGAGAAGUGAAUGCUUUGGUUGAUGAACUCUUAGUGGUAAUCGAACUCCUAGUUCUAGCAGCAGCUCCGUCAUUGGCUGUGGAAGAUGUUCGCCGAUUACUUCGGUUCAUGGUUGACUGCCCACAGCCCAAUCAGGUUGCCAGGGUGUUGCACCUCAUAUACAGGUUGGUGGUACAGCCAAAUACAUCUAGAGCUCACACAUUUGCAGACGCAUUUAUAUCAAGUGGUGGGAUAGAAACACUUCUUGUCCUGCUGCAACGGGAAGUAAAAGCUGGCGACCGUAGUGUCCUGGAAUCUCCAAUCAAGAAUGCUGAAAGUCCACCAGUUCAGGAAUCUGAACUGGAUAGUUUUUGCGGGGUUUCAGAAGUAAAUCAGGGUGAUAAUGAAGCUUCUUUAGAGGAAAAGGAACGAGUAUCAUAUGAAAUUGAUUGCGAACCUGAAUCCAUCAGUAUUGGCGGAAGGAAACUUUUUGUUUCCACAGGCACUCAUAUUGAAAGGAUGGCUUCUCUGUCUGAGAAUCCUUUCCUAAAGAACCUGGGUGGUAUAAGUUUUUCGAUUAGUGCUGAUAAUGCAAGGAAUAAUGUCUACAAUGUUGACAAGAGUGAUGGGAUUGUUGUUGGAAUCAUUGGCCUCUUAGGUGCUUUGGUGUCCUCAGGGCAUCUGAAAUUUGGUUCAAGUACUCCUGCAGAUAUGACAAGUAACAUUGUGGUUAAUGAGUUGCAUGAGGGAGGUGGUACCAUGUUCAAUGAUAAAGUUUCCCUUCUACUUUUUGCUUUGCAGAAGGCUUUUCAAGCAGCCCCAAAUAGGCUUAUGACUAGCAAUGUAUACACAGCUUUAUUGGGAGCAUCGAUAAAUGCUUCUUCAACAGAUGAUGGGCUGAAUUUUUAUGAUUCUGGUCAUCGCUUUGAGCAUUUACAGCUUUUGUUGGUUCUUCUGCGUUCACUUCCUUAUGCAUCUAGAGCAUUGCAAAGUCGAGCAAUACAGGAUCUUCUGUUUUUGGCUUGCAGUCAUCCAGAAAAUAGAAGCAGUCUUACUAAAAUGGAGGAGUGGCCUGAGUGGAUUUUGGAGGUCCUGAUUUCCAAUUAUGAGAUGGGUUCAAAUAAAGAUUCAACUUCUGCAAAUUUUGGGGACAUAGAAGACCUCAUACACAAUUUCCUGAUUAUCAUUUUAGAGCACUCAAUGCGGCAGAAGGACGGCUGGAAGGAUAUUGAAGCUACAAUUCAUUGUGCAGAAUGGCUGUCCAUGGUGGGGGGCUCUAGCACAGGAGACCAACGCAUCAGACGUGAGGAAUCAUUGCCUAUAUUCAAAAGAAGGCUCAUGGGUGGCUUGUUAGACUUUUCUGCCAGAGAACUGCAGGUUCAGACUCAAGUUAUUGCUGCAGCAGCUGCUGGUGUUGCAGCAGAGGGUUUGUCACCAAAAGAUGCCAAGGCAGAAGCAGAGAAUGCUGCUCAGCUCUCUGUGGCUUUGGUAGAGAAUUCAAUUGUGAUUCUAAUGCUCGUUGAAGAUCAUUUACGGCUGCAAAGCAAGCUAUCUUGUGCUUCACAUUCUGUGGAUGGUUCUGUAUCACCCCUGUCACUUGUUUCUCCUCUCAGUAACUACUCAAAUUCAUUCAAAACAAUUGGUGAAGACUCUACAGAAGCUGUUGGCAACCGCAAAUCAUUAUCUGGUGGCUCUGGAGGAGUCCCUCUUGAUGUGCUUGCUUCAAUGGCUGAUGCAAAUGGGCAAAUUUCUGCAUCAGUGAUGGAGCGCCUUACUGCUGCUGCUGCAGCAGAACCUUAUGAAUCCGUUUCCUGUGCUUUUGUUUCAUAUGGGAGUUGUGCUAUGGAUUUAGUUGAGGGUUGGAAAUAUAGGAGCCGGUUGUGGUAUGGAGUUGGGUCUUCAACAACAGCUGUCUUUGGUGGUGGUGGUAAUGGAUGGGAAUCUUGGAAGUCUACUUUAGAAAAAGAUGCAAAUGGGCACUGGAUUGAACUUCCCUUAGUAAAGAAGUCAGUUACCAUGCUCCAAGCAUUAUUGUUAGACGAGUCUGGACUUGGUGGUGGUCUUGGUAUAGGAGGAGGAUCAGGUACUGGAAUGGGAGGAAUGGCAGCACUUUACCAGUUGCUGGACAGUGACCAACCAUUCUUAUGCAUGCUACGUAUGGUGCUUGUUUCAAUGAGGGAAGAGGAUGAUGGUGCAGAUAGUAUGCUUAUGAGGAAUGUAAGCUUUGAGGAUAGAAUGUCCGAGGGAUUAUGUCGACAAGCAGGCAACAUGAUGUCUUUAGAUAACAACGCUCGGAUGUCAACUAGGAAACCACGAUCGGCAUUAUUGUGGAGUGUUCUUUCACCUGUUCUAAACAUGCCAAUUUCAGAGUCCAAGAGACAAAGAGUGUUGGUUGCAUCUUGCGUCCUUUACUCUGAGGUGUGGCAUGCAGUUAGCAGGGACAGAAAGCCACUUCGCAAACAGUACUUAGAAGCUAUUUUACCGCCAUUUGUUGCCAUUUUGAGAAGGUGGCGGCCACUUCUGGCUGGAAUUCAUGAACUUGCUACUGCAGAUGGUCUCAAUCCUCUGAUUGUCGAUGACCGUGCAUUGGCAGCAGAUGCAUUGCCUAUAGAGGCUGCUCUCGCCAUGAUCUCUCCAGACUGGGCUGCCGCUUUUGCGUCACCACCAGCUGCAAUGGCAUUAGCGAUGAUUGCUGCUGGGGCUGGUGGUGGGGAAACCACAGCACCUGCUAGAACGACAUAUCUUAGGCGUGACUCCUCAGUACUUGAGCGGAAAACAGUUAGGCUUCAUACAUUUUCAAGCUUUCAAAAGCCUUUGGAGCUACCUAGCAAAUCGCCAGCCACUCCUAAGGACAAAGCUGCGGCAAAAGCUGCUGCCUUGGCUGCUGCUCGUGAUCUUGAACGCAAUGCAAAGAUUGGUUCUGGGAGGGGUCUCAGUGCUGUAGCUAUGGCAACAUCUGCGCAAAGAAGGAACACAAGCGACAUGGAACGUGUGAGGAGAUGGAAUGUUUCUGAUGCGAUGGGAACUGCCUGGAUGGAAUGCUUGCAGUCAGCUGAUACAAGAUCAGUAUAUGGAAAAGAUUUCAAUAAUCUAUCCUAUAAAUUUGUUGCAGUCCUUGUUGCAAGUUUUGCUUUAGCAAGAAACAUGCAACGGUCAGAGAUUGACAGACGCACACAGGUUGUUGUAGUUUCUCGACAUCAUCUAUGCUCUGGAAUUCGUGCAUGGCGGAAACUCAUUCAUAAUUUGAUUGACAUGAAGUGUCUUUUUGGGCCAUUUGGGGACCAUCUAUGCAACCCUGACCGUGUUUUCUGGAAGCUAGAUUUCAUGGAAAGUUCUGCAAGGAUGCGACAAUGUUUAAGGAGGAAUUACAAAGGGUCUGAUCAUUUUGGUGCUGCAGCUAAUUAUGAAGAUCAUAUGGAUAUGAAGCACGAUAGGGAAAAUGUCAUAGAUCCAUCUAAUGCUCCGAUUCUUGCGGCAGAAGCAAUCUCAAUGGGAGGAAUAAAUGAAGAGGAUGAGCAGGCAGAUAUUGAUAAUUUGGUAGAGAGUGAGGCAAUUGAUAUGGAGCAGAAUGGGAAGAAUCAUCCAAAGUCAUCUGGAAUGGCUGAGCAGCCCCCGCAAGCAUCAACAGAAUAUAUAGAUACUCCAAUUGCUAAUAACCAAGAUGUGGUCCAAGGUCCAUCAGCAGUUGCCCCUGGAUAUGUUCCAAGUGAACUUGAUGAAAGAAUUGUUCUUGAGCUUUCUUCAUCAAUGGUCCGACCAUUGAGGGUUGUACGAGGAACCUUUCAAAUAACAACAAGACGAAUCAAUUUCAUAGUUGAUAACACUGAGUGCAAUGGGGAUGGGUUGGAUUGCAGUUCAGAAAUUAGAGAUCAAGAGAAGGAUAGAAGCUGGUUGAUGUCUUCCCUUCAUCAGAUAUUUAGCAGAAGAUAUCUCCUGAGAAGAAGUGCACUAGAAUUAUUUAUGAUUGACCGGUCAAACUUCUUCUUUGAUUUUGGGAGCACUGAAGGAAGGAGAAAUGCAUAUCGAGCUAUAGUUCAAGCACGUCCUCUUCAAUUGAGCAAUAUUUAUCUAGCAACACAGAGACCUGAACAGCUUCUGAAGAGAACUCAGCUUAUGGAGCGUUGGGCUAGGUGGGAGAUUAGCAACUUUGAAUAUCUAAUGCAACUCAAUACACUGGCUGGACGUAGUUAUAAUGACAUAACUCAGUAUCCUGUUUUCCCAUGGAUUCUCUCUGAUUACAGUUCAAAGUAUUUGGAUCUUGUUGACCCUUCUUCUUACCGAGAUCUUUCAAAGCCUGUUGGUGCUUUGAAUCCUGAUCGGCUGACAAAAUUCCAAGAGAGAUACUCCAGCUUUGAUGAUCCUAUCAUUCCCAAGUUCCACUAUGGUUCACAUUACUCAAGUGCUGGAACAGUGUUGUAUUAUCUUACUAGAGUGGAACCAUUUACUACUCUUUCAAUUCAACUACAAGGUGGCAAAUUUGAUCAUGCGGACAGGAUGUUUUCAGAUAUUGGCUCUACUUGGAAUGGAGUGCUUGAGGACAUGAGUGAUGUGAAAGAAUUGGUUCCUGAGCUGUUCUACCUCCCUGAGAUCUUAACCAAUGAAAAUUCAAUUGAUUUUGGUACAACACAACUUGGGGGAAAGCUUGAUUCUGUAAAACUUCCUCCUUGGGCUGAGAACCCAGUUGAUUUUAUUCAUAAGCACCGGAUGGCUCUUGAGAGUGAGCAUGUCUCUGCACAUUUGCAUGAAUGGAUUGAUCUCAUAUUUGGGUACAAGCAGCGAGGAAAAGAGGCCAUAUUGGCAAAUAAUGUUUUCUUUUACAUUACCUAUGAAGGAACCGUUGAUGUCGAUAAAAUAACAGACCCAGUACAACAGCGAGCUACACAAGAUCAGAUUGCUUACUUUGGACAAACCCCAUCCCAACUUCUAACUACCCCUCACUUGAAGAAGAUGCAGUUAGCAGAUGUUCUUCAUUUGCAGACCAUCUUUCGGAACCCAAAAGAAGUCAAACCAUAUGCUGUUCCAAACCCCGAGCGUUGCAAUCUACCUGCUGCGGCUAUGCAUGCAUCUUCAGAUUCUGUUGUAAUUGUUGAUAUAAAUGCUCCAGCGGCACAUGUAGCACAACACAAGUGGCAGCCAAACACACCUGAUGGCCAGGGGACGCCUUUUCUUUUUCAUCAUGGAAAGGCCAUAGGAAGCUCCAGUAGUGGAACAUUCAUGCGCAUGUUCAAAGGUCCAACUGGCUCUAAUUCUGAUGAGUGGCACUUUCCACGAGCACUAGCUUUUGCAACCUCAGGAAUUAGAAGCUCAGCCAUUGUUUCCAUCACCUGUGACAAAGAAAUUAUCACAGGUGGACAUGUGGAUAAUAGCAUAAGGCUAAUAUCAUCAGAUGGAGCAAAAGCCUUAGAAACAGCCAGAGGACAUUGUGCUCCAGUGACCUGCUUGGCUCUCUCACCUGAUAGCAACUACCUUGUGACUGGUUCCCAAGACACAACAGUUUUACUCUGGAGGAUACAUCGGGCAUCCAUUUCACAUGCAAGCAGCAUAUCAGAGCCCUCUACUGCCUCAGGCACACCUACUUCAACCAGCAGUAACACUCUAGCAAAUAUUUUGGCAGACAAAAGCAGGAGGCGGCGAAUUGAGGGCCCCAUACACAUUCUUCGGGGCCACUUCAAGGAAAUAGUCUGUUGUUGUGUUAGUUCAGAUCUUGGAAUUGUUGUCUCAUGCUCUCAAUCAUCUGAUGUUUUGUUGCAUUCUGUAAGAAAGGGCCGCUUGAUCAGAAGGCUGGUUGGGGUGGAGGCCCAUGCCAUAUGCCUUUCAUCUGAUGGAAUCAUAAUGACUUGGAACAAAACUUCUCAUAAUCUCAGCACCUUCACUCUUAACGGGAUCCUGAUUUCUAGUGCACAAAUUCCUUUCUCAAGUAGCAUCAGUUGCAUGGAGAUUUCUGUCAAUGGCGAGAGUGCUUUGAUCGGAAUAAACUCAUGUACAGAAAAUGAGGCAGCCUGCACUAACAGUGGAGACUUGAGGUUCAAUAAGCCUGAGAAUGAAGAUCUUGAUGCAGAAUCAGAUGAAACAAGGAAAAAUCACAGAUUGGAUAUAUCAUCGCCUUCAAUUUGCUUCCUGAAUCUACAUACAUUGAAGGUGUUUCAUACAUUGAAGCUGGGAGAAGGGCAGGAUAUUACAGCUCUUGCUCUAAACAAGGACAACACAAAUCUUUUGGUGUCAACUGCAGACAAACAGUUGAUAAUCUUUACCGAUCCAACUUUGAGCUUGAAAGUGGUGGAUCAGAUGCUGAAGCUUGGCUGGGAAGGCGACGGGCUCAGCCCCCUCAUAAAGUAAAAGCUUGAAGCUAUUGAGGUUUGAUUUGAUUCGAUUUGAUUUGCCAGAGGAGAUUAGAGAUUUCCCUACAGCUAUAAUAUACCAGUCAAAUGAAUACAAAGAAGGCCAAGUCCAUCGCCCCAACUCAGAAAUCAUGUAUGAUUCUUCGACUCACAGCUCGCACUCAUCUGGCGAUUGUAACAUAUGUGUACCCAGGAAGUGGAAAUCGAUAUAUAACACGAGUGCUGGGUUGUCAUACAUAUAUUAUAUGUAUGCCCUGCAGGGUUGUUCUGCAGUUUUUGACCUGAUUUCAGUUGUAAGUUUUUCAUCACUGGGAUUGAUUGGAUUGAUGAGUUUUAGGUUCUCAGGCUUGAGUUGUUCAUUUUUGUCCAUUAAUUUUUUUAUCAUAUUUUUUUAUAUAUGAUGGUAUAUGAUUUUUCUUC